UUGAAACUUGCGGAUUGAUUUUGACGGAACGAAUAAUUUUUGUCAUAUAGAAAUUGAUUUUUUGCGAAUGAUGUCACAUGAAAAGGAUACUGAAAGUUCCUCAUUAAAAGGAAUCGGUAAAAUUUUCAAUGGAAGAACUAUAAAAGGAAGAGCUCAUGUAUCAAUGGCAACAUACGCAGUUAUCGGAGGACUAAUUUAUUAUUUUAUGACCAAACCACCACGUCCUCCUUCAGAUACAAAAGGGGAAGAAGAUGAUGAAUGUCUCAAAUUCAGCUCAUAUAAUCUUCCGCCAUUAUAAUAUUAUGAAAAAGUAAUGAAUCAAGAGAAGAAAUGGAUAAAUUUAAAAAAAUUUAUUUGAGUUUUUCUGGGAACAAAUUUUUAUUUUUCUUUCAUUUUAUAACGUUGGUACCUAAUUCGAAAUUCUGUGAAUCAUAUUUCCCGGCAAAUGGAUCGUUGUCUUGAAAUCGAUCAGAAACAUGUUACAUCAACAAAAAUUGCAAUAAAUAUACUUAAUAGAAACCUUUGUACAUACA